AUGGCGGGCAGCGACGCGGACCGCGAGGCUCUGGCGCGCGGAGGCGGUGCGUCCGCGGCCUCCAGCGGGCGGCGAGGCGAGGCUGCGGCUGACCGCCCCGCGCCGCUGUCCGCUGCUGAAGCUCCGGCCAAGGGCGCGGAGCUGCCGGCUUGGAUGCGCCUGUACUUCUACGGCAUGCACGGCAUCACCCUGGACGUGCUCCUGUCCUCCGCGCGGCGCUUCGCCCGCAGCCCCGACUUUCGGAUGCUGGGCUUCUCCUCGCCCUUCCGCUGCCUCUUGCACUUGCUCACCCACUUCGCCCUGGAGAAGGUGUACCUGCAACGGCGGCACUGCCCCAGCGCCUUCGUCUUCAAUUUUCUUCUCUACCCCUCGGCGCACGUGGUUCUGCAGGUCCUGGCGGGCCAGACGCCGCUGCUCGGCCCGGGCGGCGGGCUGCGGGGCGCGGCGGCGCCGGGGGCGCUGGACCUGGCGUUGCAGUAUGUGCUGGCGCUCUACCACUCGCAAGUGUUCCUGAAGCGCUUCCUACGCUUGCGGUACCGACGGCAGCUGCGGCAGCAGCCACGGGGCGCGUCCCUCGCCACUCCUCGCACUGGAGCCCCUGCGGCGGCAGGUGGUGGGCGGCGAAGAGCCAGUGGCCCCACGGGCUCCGGAGCAGCCCCCAGCAAGGGGCUGCCGGACCUGCUCCGCUUUCUUUUUUACGGAAUGCACGGCUUUUUGGAUGAGAUUUUCUUCACCUUCUUCUUUAACGUGCUGGGGCAGAGGGACAGGGCAACCAGUGGUCACACGUCGCUCUGGUCAUUCUUCAUCUAUGGCAGCUGCAGUUUCAUGGUGGAAAAGCUCUAUUUCCACCUUCACUACAGUCGAGGCUGGAGCACCUGGAAGCGGGUGCCCAUGUACGUGAUCUUCAUCUACCUGUGGGAGCUGUCCUGGGGUCUGGGGCUCCGCGCCUGCGGUGCUUGUUCCUGGGACUAUUCUCACUACCCGCUCAAUUUCAUGGGCCUCAUCACCCUGAUGUAUCUACCUGGUUGGAUAUUCCUUAGUGUGUACCAGGACCUGCUUUCCAGCGUGUUGUGGCGCGUGCAGUACAUACCAGUUGACUAAAAAAGAA